AUGUCAACGUUUCCCCAACUCCUUCGUCGAUCUUCAUUCAUAACCUACGACCCAUUAAUCUCCCGAGUUUACACCUCAACCCCUUCUUCCAUUUCUAAAUAUUCCGAUUUCGGUCUCAAACAUCCACUUCCUCUUAACCCGCGUCGAGGUGGUCCUCGUCAUAUACGUAUCAAUUCUCUCGAUGCUGGACCAGUGAUGAAAACAGAUUAUCGUUCCGCCGAACCUGAAGUCAGGUUCAUUUCAGCUUGGGGACGUGCUGGUAUACCUUGGAGAGGAAACGAAAAUGGUCCAUCCACAUAUCCUACUGAACCUGAAGACAUUAUGGCUCCUGAGACAAAAUACUUUUUCUCAGAAAGUGAGAAACGUUGGGUAGCAGAUUUAGAUAAAAUGACAAAAGAACAAUUUGAGGUUUAUCUUGAUCGUCUAAGAAAUGAUAAGAAAAGGUUUAGAGAAUGGAUGUUGAACAGAUUGGAAUUUGAGAAAAAGUUUUAUCCUAAUUUGAAAACUCAGGAAUUGGAAGAAGAUAGGACGGUGGUCAGUUUAGCUAUGAUGGGUUUAAGUAAUGAUUCUGAUUCUAAUCAAUUUCAAUCGGAUUUAGUUUCUGAUACUUUAUCUUCAUCUUCGUCAACCUCUUCUUCUCUUUCGUCUUCCUCUCUUUCAACGCAAACAUACAACACUUCACCUCAAUCUACUUCGAGUAUGACUGCUGGAGAAGAUACAAUCACUCUACCAUCUAUCUUACCAGCUCCUCACGAUAAAUACGGUUUACAAUAUUCUUACACCCCACUACUCAGUUCCAAAAUCCUACCUAACCUCGCUCAUCCCGGUAGAGCAUUACAUCCACGUAAAAUCAGAAAUAAAAGGGAAGAUCCAAAAUAUUCCAUGGGUAUUCAACGACCUUGGACAAUCAGUUUGGGAGGUAUAACAGUCAGUAACGAAACAUCUCAACAACGAACCAUACGAUCAAGUCGUACUCAAGAUCCUAUACUUGAAACCGAUUAUACUCGUUCAGAUACAAAUAGAGGAAUAUACGAUUUCAACGUCACUUCAGCAAGUAUAAAAGCUCCUCCAAUGGUGGUUGGAUUGGAAGAUCCUCGUAAAGGGAAAUAUGGUUCACCUAAAGCUUCGGAAGCUUGGUCUAAAGAAUGGGGAUUAAAUUCUUUUGAUGGUAUAACCGCUAGGAGUUUAAGACCGCUCGAUACGGUCAGAUUCGAUAUCAAAGUGGAGAGAGCGGAUGAGGAAGGUAAAUUGAAAACAAGGGGGGAAUUAGGAUCUAUGGAAUGGGUAGGAUGGGAGGAGGAAGUGCCGGAGAGCAGGGACUGGUUAGCAGGGAGAAGGAUCAAUUGGAAAGAUUCGGAAGAGAAUAGGAGACAAGCUUUGUUGGAGAGGAAAAAGAGAGGUGUGGAGGAGAAAGCUAGGUUGGAAAAUGUUUUGAAGAGGGUCAAUCUGCAGGGUUUGAGAGAUGCUUGAGUGGGGGUUAGAGUAUGUGGGGACGUUGGGACAUAAGGAGUUUGUUGGUGGGGUACGAGUAUGGGCAAGGGUGUGGAUCAAAGGAUUGUGUGAGAAUUAAGAGGACUUUUCAUUCUCGCUCUAUUCUUCCAAUGCAUUA